AAUAUUUAAAAGAUUAUGUAAUAGUACGCUCAAACUUGAGUCAUUUAAUCUAAAAAAUUAAUACACACAAAAAUGAAUAUUUUUCAUUUUUAACAUGUUCAUUUAAAAAAAACGGUAUAAAAAUAAUUCCACUCUUAUAUAAACUUCCAAAUGUUUUAAUCCUUAUACUACGACGCUUGAAGAUUAAUUACUCAAGCCAAUGAUACAUUUAAAAUAGAGAUGUUAAAAACAAGUCAGAAUUAUUUUUAAAUCAGUUUGAGCCAUGACCCACCCAAAUUACACAUUUGGCUCGUCGCCCCGACCCAAAAGAUAUGCAUUGGGCCAAUUUUGGGGGUCGGGUCGGGUUGUGCUAAGAUUUUUCAGCACCCAGAAAUUUUUGGUCAAGCUUGAAUUUUUUCUGUGUAUCGAUGAUCCAAUCCAACUCAACCCUUUUUAAAACUCUCAACUUUGUCUAACUCCGUAUUUCCGUUUCUAUCAUUUUUAUAAGAAUUAAAACCAAGUAAUGUUAGAAAAUAAAUACUUUCAAAAAGACGGGGUAUGUUAUAAGCUCUUUAAAUUCACAUAAUAAAGUGGGAAUUUUCAAACUCAAAUUUGAGACUCCCACUUUUUACGGAGUAUUUAUUUAUGUUUAUUCAAUUCGGGAAAAAAAGGAAUAAAUAAAAACUCUCAAAAAUAAACAAAUACGUAAAGUAUAGGAAAGCGACCAAUAAUUCAAUGUAUAAUUGCCUUUGCUUUAUGUUUUUAUGUAGCUCAUUUUUGACCGCCAUUCAUCGCGGGCUUUCACAAAAUCAUAAUUGCUGCUUUUGCUUUCUCGGGCACUCAUAAAUCUAGGGUUCUUGCUCCAUUACACUGCAAGAUUCGCGCUUUAUUACUCAAAUCACUGUUAACAGCAAUUCUGAUUGCACCCCAUUUCGAUUGUUUGCUCGAUUUAGAUUUAUUUGCCAGUUUCUUCGCAUAUAUAUUUGAAUUGAGUAAUGCUUGUGUUUCUAUUUUCCCUUUUCUUGCAGUAGUAGCAGUAGUUAUAGUUUGAAGUAUGCUGCUUUUCAUGCUUGAUUGUCUGUUUUUAAUUUAGUUAUUGGUGAUAUUUUGGUGGGUUUUGAAUGAGGGGCGAAAUUUUGCUAUGUGGUGAGAAAUGAGGGCUGGGGUGACUGAGAGAUGGGGUGUGCUUUUGGGAAAGAAAUUUCGGAGUCUGGUUCACCUGGUGGGAAUGCUGUAGUAGAGAGGAGGAGAGAGAAGGGAAGAGAGAGAGAGUUGUCAGUGUCAGCUGAGAGUGGGGAGAAAGUAGUAGAGAGUUCAGUGAGUAAGGCAAAGGGUGGUGGUGAUGGUGAUGGUGAUGAAGUUCAGAAUGGUGGGGUUAAGAAGGAGGAUUUGAAAGAUGGGAUUGUGAGGCAAUCGAGGAACGAAAAGAGGAGGUCGAGGUCGAAUCCUAGGUUAAGCAACCCCCCAAAGAAUGUACAUGGUGAGCAAGUGGCUGCUGGAUGGCCUUCUUGGCUUGUGGCAGUUGCCGGUGAGGCUCUCAGCGGGUGGAUCCCCCGUAGGGCUGAUACAUUUGAGAAGCUUGAUAAGAUUGGACAAGGUACUUAUAGUAACGUGUAUAAAGCUAGAGAUGCUCUAACUGGAAACAUUGUUGCGUUGAAGAAGGUUAGAUUUGAUAAUUUAGAGCCAGAGAGCAUAAGGUUUAUGGCUAGGGAGAUUUUAAUCCUGCGCCGCUUGGAUCAUCCAAACGUCAUAAAAUUGCAAGGUUUAGUGACCUCAAGGAUGUCGUGUAGUUUAUAUCUGGUGUUUGAUUAUAUGCCGCAUGAUUUGGCUGGCCUUUCAUCGAGUCCCAGCAUCAAGUUUACAGAGCCUCAGGUCAAAUGCUUUGUUCACCAGCUAUUGUCUGGCCUUGAACACUGCCACAGUCGCUAUGUUUUGCACCGUGAUAUUAAAGGUUCCAAUCUUCUAAUUGAUGAUGAAGGAGUUUUGAAGAUUGCUGAUUUUGGGUUGGCUUCCUCCUUCGACCCCAACAACAAGCAGCCUAUGACAAGCCGUGUGGUUACUCUGUGGUAUAGAGCGCCCGAGCUGCUUCUUGGUGCCACUGACUAUGGCGUGGGCAUUGACCUGUGGAGCGCUGGGUGCAUUUUGGCCGAGCUAUUUGCUGGGAAGCCCAUUAUGACGGGGCGGACAGAGGUGGAACAACUGCACAGGAUUUUCAAGUUAUGUGGUUCUCCGUUAGAAGAGUAUUGGAAAAAGUCGAAGCUACCACAUGCAACCAUAUUCAAGCCCCAACAAGCAUACAAAAGGCGCAUUGCAGAGGCAUUUAAGGAUUUUCCACAGUCAUCACUGCCUUUGAUUGAGACACUGCUUUCGAUUGAUCCAGCUGAGCGUCAAACUGCCACAGCUGCUAUAAGGAGCGAAUUCUUCACUACAAAACCUUAUGCAUGUGAUCCUUCGAGCCUUCCAAAAUACCCACCAAGUAAGGAGAUGGAUGCUAAGCGUCGGGAUGAAGAAGCUAGAAGGUUGAGAGCUGCUGGUAAAACGAACGCAGAUGGAGUGAGGAAACCACGGACACGUGAACGAGCAAUGCGGAAAAUGCCUGCCCCCGAAGCCAAUGCAGAGCUGCAAGCCAAUCUUGAUAGGCGGCGGCUUAUCAAUCAUGCCAAUGCAAAGAGCAAAAGCGAGAAAUUUCCUCCUCCACACCAGGAUGGAGGCCUUGGUUACACUUUGGGCUCGUCACAUCUCAUCGACCCGGCCUUUGAUCCUCCUGAUGUCCCGUUCAGUUCCAUGAACUUUUCGUAUGCCAAAGAGCCCAUCCAGACAUGGUCAGGCCCGUUGGCUGAUCCUGCUGGGGUCGGGGCUUCAAGAAGGAAGUCAAAACAGUCUAAGAAGAGUUCCGUACUGAAUUAGGGAGAACCAUCUCAUACUCGCUCCCACAUCAUCAACUUGGAGGCGUGAGGACUGCAAAUCACAAGAGACGAAGCAGCUCGUUUCCUGGUACGUGGUUCUAUUUGGGUCUCCCGUUCUUCGGCCGGAUAAUCUGUGAUUCUUUGAGAGAUAAAAUUUGUCCCACAAUUCUUGUUCCUAUAUAUUUUUUGGGAUCAUGAGAAAUAUUUCAAGUUUUUGUAUAUGCUGAAAAUUUUCCCCCUUCCAUUGGAACACAAGUAAUCUUGAUCUAUGAGUAUUUUGAUUUCAAUAUCAAUAUAUGCACAGUUGGCUUUGAUCUAACCCUAUUGUGUCCAUAUCAUAGUAGCUGUAUUUUAUUUUCCAUCAUUGAUACUUUAUGACUAAAUAUUUCUGCUAAAAUAUAUUUUCUUUUGAAAUGUUGUCUUUGCUCUAGAAGGAAGAGAAGAAAAUGAAUGGCACAAGAAACCAACUUAUUCGGGCGGGACAUGUUUCAAUCUCGUAUUUUACUUUACAACGUAGAUGUCGUAUCGAGUUUCUUGACCAACUACAUAAAGCCAGCAGCAUGUAAACUGCAAGAAGAUGAAAAGCCAGAAUAGAAGAGGAAAUAACUCAGUAGUAGUUAUAGAUUGAGAAAGUAAAUUGACCCUAAAAUAAUCAAUUAUGUGAAAAGAAACAACAUAUAUAUUGAAGUUGAUUUGGACAAAGAAGUUUAGGUAGUUUGUGGACAUUAUUUAAUCCAACCACCUCCCUCUAGGCUGCUACUUCAAAUAGACCAAGACUUCUGCCUUUCAACUCUCUCCCCUAUCUAAACUCUCUCUCUCUCUCUCUCUCUCUCUCUCUCUCUCUCUCUCUCUCUCACACACACACACACACACACACACACACACACACACACACCUGCAAUGGGGAAGGUCUGCUGCGAGUCGGACGAUGGAAUCGACCUCCAAGGGCUUCUCGUUGCGAUUUUGAUAGCAGUAAUACUGAUGGCUCUAUGCACUCAGCCACCAAGAAAACGUGUUAUGCUCGUAUGUCGCCGUCCGCCUUAUUAAUUCAAGAAACUCGAUUUCUGGAUUACCGAUGAGCCUUGUGGAAUGAAAUUUAUGGCUCUCUUUUUUUUCCCUUCCAAAAUUCAAUUUUCAGAUUAAUUUGUAUCUGGAUAUAUGCUGAUUGUAGAUUGAGGAAGAUUUGAAUUCUCAAUUGUAUUCGUUUCAUAUAUUCACAUAUCUUCUAUGUAAGUGUAAAAUAAAAUCCAAAAUGAAAUGAAAACAACUUCUUUUUCCUUUCUAA